CCAGUUUCAACCUGCUUUGUCAUAAAUGUACAAACGUUUGAACUUAGAGCGCAGCCCCUCUCCGAGCGGGCAGAAGCGGCCGGGACAUUGGAGCUCCAAAAAAGGGUCACGGAAAGGAGUUUUCUUGACCAUGGCUAUGUGGUGCGCGGGGGUGGGGGGGAGCAGGAUUGGAAUCUUUUUCUCUGUGAGUCGAGGAGAAACGACUGGAAAGAGCGUUCCAGUGGCUGCAUGUGUCACCCCCUUGAGUCCCGCGGCGCGCGGCGGCUUGCAUGCUGUUUGCAAACAUAAGAACAUUCUGUGCACAAGUGCAGAAAAGGCGUGCGCGCUACCUCGGGACUCAGACCACCGGUCUCUUCCUUGGGGAAGCGGGGAUUUCUUGGAGCGAGUUACAUUUUCUGAAUUUAGAGGCAGAGGGCAGCGUGCCUGGGCGGAGUUCCCAGAAGGACAUUGCGCCCGCUUUAACUUCGGGGAUAAGCGCCUGGUGACUGUUCUUGACGCUGGGUGCGUGUUUGUGAAACUCUGCGCGGCCCACGGAGCUGUGCCAGUGUCCCGGCACAGUAGGCGGAGGGCGGGAAAGGCGGGUGGACCCACCGCGCGGAUCCUCUGAGGGGAUCGAGUGGUGGCAGCAGCUAGGAGUUGAUCGGCCCGCGCGCUUUGGGUUUGAGGGGGGAACCUUUCCGCCGGCCAAAGCGCGCUUCUUCCCCACGGCCGCGCAUGUGUCCGGCAGUUCGAGAGUUUGGGAUCGUGCAGAGGUCAGAGGAGUGGUUUGACCUCCCCUUUGACACCGCGCAGCUGCCAGCCCCGAGACACGCGCUCCGGGUACAGGAGCGGGUAUGGGGGUGGGGGGGCGGGGGAGGUUAGGACCGCACCUGGGCUGCCGGGUCGCCGCCGCGAAGACGGGCAGGUGCAAGUGGGGAAACCGUUUGGCUCUCUCCGAGUCCAGUUGCGAUGUUUAACUGUCGGUGAUUUCCAGAAGCCUUUUGAAACCCUCUUGCUAGGGAGUUUUUGGUUUCCUGCAGCGGCGCGCAAUUCAAAGACGCUCGCGGCGGAGCCGCCCAGUCUCUCCCCAGCACCCUGUGGGACAGAGCCUGGCGUGU